UGUCUGUAGAUGAGCUUUCCUUGGAUAUGAUUCUGGAAAAAACACACCGAGUCUUUCGCGUUAUCGAAAUAAACCAAAGCCUGGAAGACUUUCCAAAGUUCUGGGAUUGGCUUCACGAGGUGAAGAUGCCGGAGCUGAGCAGAGCAGCUUUGUGCCCUCCGGCUUGUCACGGCUCCACUCCCGUGGUCAACUGCUCCUCCUGCCGGAUGGAGGAUACAGCCUGCUGGGAGAUGAAGACUUGCUACCCAGAGCGCCUGGAUCUCCCGAAGGCGGUCACUCUGCUCAGCACCAUCGCCGGUUCCUGCUUCUUCUUGGGAGUGGUCACCUGUGCCCUGGAAUUCCACUUCCAUCCCGGGAUGGCGAUGGAGUGAGCUCCCAAAAGGGAGGAGGAGCAUCGGGACUACCCGCCCCCAAGUGUUUCCUGCCAGGGCCGCAAGACCAGCGUUUGUGUUUGGGGGUGCAAGUGUGGAACUACAGGAGGUGCGACACAAGUGCGACAGAGGACCCUGCAAUCACGUGAGCCAGAAUCCAAGUGUCGAAGGGGCUGUGUGUGCAUUUAUGUGUGUGUGUGUGUGUGUGUGCACACGCGGCAAAGGCAUUGGUCAAUACAAUGAGCGUGUAGAGUGUGCGCUGGGAUAGCUGGAAAGCCACAGGGAGAAGACGGUGUGCAUGGGCAAAUCUGUGCGCAGGGGCCCUCCGAAGCCGCUCCCUGCCUGCAAGACGUCUUCCCGUUGCUGUUCUGCCGCAGGCAAUGCAGAGAUCUAAGCCAUUGUGUUGCCCUGAAGCCCUUGGCGCGGUUGUAUGGAAGCCAAACACCACAGACUCACAAUGCCUCACAUGUCGGCACAUGAAGAAAGCCAGCCGGGGAGUGGAGCGUCCUCUGAGGUUUGCUGCGUUGCUGUUGCCCCAACCAAUGAAAUGCUUGGCUUGCCGAUUAAAAAAGAUUGAUUG